CCACAGAGAGAGGCUGCUCACCCAACAGAUGUCUCCAUCUCCAAAACAGCCUUGUACUCCCGCAUCGGGACCUCCGAGGUGGAGAAGCCCGCAGGCCUUCUGUUCCAGCAGCCUGACCUGGACUCCGCACUCCGGAUUGCCAGAGCAGAGAUCAUAACCAAGGAGAGAGAAGUCUCGGAGUGGAAGGACAAAUACGAAGAAAGCAGGCGAGAAGUGAUGGAAAUGAGGAAAAUAGUGGCAGAGUAUGAGAAGACCAUCGCUCAGAUGAUAGAGGAUGAGCAGAGGGAGAAGUCCGUCUCCCACCAGACCGUCCAGCAGCUGGUCCUAGAGAAGGAGCAAGCUCUGGCCGACCUGAACUCCGUGGAGAAAUCUCUGGCCGAUCUCUUCAGGAGAUAUGAGAAGAUGAAGGAGGUCCUUGAGGGUUUCCGCAAGAAUGAAGAGGUGCUGAAGAAGUGUGCACAGGAGUACCUGUCCCGGGUGAAGAAAGAGGAGCAGAGGUACCAGGCCCUGAAGGUGCACGCGGAGGAGAAGCUGGACAGGGCCAACGCCGAGAUCGCGCAGGUCCGAGGCAAGGCUCAGCAGGAGCAGGCUGCCUACCAGGCCAGUCUGCGGAAGGAGCAGCUUCGUGUGGACGCUUUGGAGAGGACGCUGGAGCAGAAGAAUAAAGAGAUAGAAGAACUCACCAAGAUUUGUGAUGAACUGAUUGCCAAAAUGGGGAAAAGCUAACUUUGAACCAAAUGUUUGGACUUGACCAUUGCGUGCAAUAUGACCGUCGGCUCACUGCUGUCCUUCCGGUUACGUGGACAGGUUCUGUUUUCACUUUUUCGUAUGCACUACUGUAUUUCCUUUCUAAAUACCGUUGAUUUGAUUGUAUGCAGUACUAAAGGAGACUAUCAGAAUUUCUUGCUAUUGGUUUGCAUUUUCUUAGUAUAAUUCAUAGCAAGUUGACCUCAGAGUUCCUGUAUCAGGGAGAUUGUCUGAUUCUCUAAUAAAAGACAAAUCGCUGA